UCACAUUUAAACCCAGCCUACAGCUGCAGGUUCUGAGAACCGGAAGAGACUGGGAAAUGCAGUUUGACAGCCACAAUCAAAAGUUUUUGCAAAAUGUAAUUCAUGUAAUUCAGACUGAACUCUGCUCAGAAACAGUGUGCUGAUGCUGAGAAUUUAACUAGCCUGGAUUCUGAAAAUGCCUUGCGUCUAUUUGUCUCUUAAUUUGGUAAAUGGCCUUUUAGAACUGAGUAAUACGUAUUCGCAAGCCAAAUGAAUGAGAGGGAGAAAAGUUCAAGGAUCAAACUGAUUCCAGAUUAUGGAAAUAGUUCUGUUCAGUGACUUUUUAAAAAAAAAUCACACAGUGAUGUAUGAAGUUCAAUCUCUUCUGUCUAUUUAAAACAAGCAUACAGCAAGAAAACUCAACUCAAGCAGCUUUAUGUGAGGAUUUUUGAACAAGAACAUUAUCUUCCAGUAGAACUGAAUUCAGACAAUGGCUUCUGAAGAGUGUUUUCUUCUAGACUUGGAAGUGGAUAACUUUAUUCUUUGCAACAUCUCCAUCAAUCAAAGUGCAAAUCUUUCCAUCCUGAGUGAUGAUUGGUUCUACCCAGGUUUCCUGUAUGCUAUUCCAACUAUUUAUGGAAUCAUCAUUUUGAUAGGACUUAUUGGCAAUAUCACUUUGAUUAAGAUAUUUUGUACUGUGAAGUCCAUGAGAAAUGUUCCUAAUUUGUUCAUCUCCAGUCUGGCUUUAGGAGAUCUACUCCUCUUAGUGACCUGUGUCCCUGUGGAUGCCAGCAGGUACCUAGCUGAUGAAUGGCUCUUUGGUCGGGUUGGAUGUAAACUUAUCCCCUUUAUACAACUCACUUCAGUGGGGGUGUCAGUCUUCACACUUACAGCUCUCUCAGCAGACAGGUAUAAAGCGAUAGUGAGACCGAUGGAUAUCCAAGCCUCCCACGCGCUGAUGAAGAUUUGUUUGAAAGCUGCUAUGAUCUGGAUUUUAUCCAUGCUGUUGGCCAUUCCUGAAGCAGUGUUUUCUGACUUGCACCCUUUCUAUGACAGAGACACUAACAAAACAUUCAUCAGCUGUGCUCCCUACCCACAUUCUGAUGGGCUACAUCCAAAAAUUCAUUCAAUGGCAUCAUUUCUGAUCUUUUACAUCAUUCCUCUAUCCAUCAUUUCAGUGUAUUACUAUUUCAUUGCUAAAAAUUUGAUCCGGAGUGCUUACAAUAUACCUGUGGAAGGAAACAUACAUGUUAGGAAACAGAUUGAUUCACGUAAGCGUCUGGCCAAGACAGUGUUGGUGUUUGUGUGCCUCUUUGCUUUUUGCUGGCUUCCUAAUCACAUCAUCUAUUUAUACCGGUCCUACCAUUAUUCAGAGGUAGACACCUCAGUGCUGCACUUCAUCACCAGCAUCUGUGCUCGAAUCCUGGCCUUUGCUAACUCUUGCGUGAACCCUUUCGCGCUCUACUUGCUCAGCAAAAGUUUUAGGAAACAGUUCAACAACCAGCUGUUGUGCUGCAGAACCCGUCUCCUCAUCAGGUCCCAAAGCAUGGGCAGAAGCACCACUCGAAUGACCUCCCUCAAGAGCACCAACCAUUCAGUGGCCAUGUUCAGCCUCAUCAACGGCAACCACAUCUGUAAUGAAGGCUGUGUAUAGGGUACAUGGCAGGGAACAGCUUUGGAAACUGUUGUGCGGUGUAGUUAGCAUGGCUGCCUGCUCUGCUUUGCGGGGAUAGUGCGUCGCAUACAUGCAUAGAGAAAUCAACUGCAUACAAGAACUUCCAGGUACUUUAGGGCCUGACACCGUCAUAGUGAACAUCUCGUGUGAUGUGCUGAACGCCUUCAGUGCCCACCAAUUUAACAAGAGUUGAGUGCACUCAGCCCCUAUAAGAUCAGGCCUUCACUGGCUUGGAGUCAAAUCCUGAGAUCCAUAGUUUUGCCUCAGUUCUGACUCAGGCAGACUCCAACCACGGUCACAUAAAAAAACUGUGUAAGGGACUCAAGAUUUGUCCCUUUGUUUGCGGAAACAGCUUCAUGGAGUUUUUUUUCUCUGUCUUGUUUUUUGGCUGAAGUAAAUUCAUCUAAAUGAGAGCAACCCUUUUAAAAAAAGUGAAGUGUAGAUCAUUCCCUAGAGCUGUCAAAUAUUUAUAAAUGUUUGAAUACAGUAUUCAUAGUGUAAAAAGAUUUUCACAGUGUUUACUGGGGUGUGUUGGCCCCAUCUGAAAUGCGUAGUAUCUUGUACACUUUCAAUGUACCAUUUGAAUAAAUGUGAGUUAGAAGAUGUUUACAGUUUGAGUGUGUGCGUUUUUCCAUAUUGCAGAGGAAAAAGCACAGCACUUUGAGAGUCACUGACAAUUCUGCUCUUCUCUUCAGGGGGCAAAAUAAUGGGGGUUACAUUAUUAAACGUGUAAUACAGAAUUUGAGUUGCGUUUGAUUAAGGAUGAACAACAAAUGUCAAAUGAAGCACAGAAGUUCUUCAUGGGGAUGUUUUCUAAUAUGGGGAUGUACAGUGAAUGUCAUUACAAACUCAGGGCCUGGUCUCAAACCCAUUACAGUAGAUUUAUACCUGUAUUUCCACUGAAAUCAUAAAACUGGUGGAGAAUCAGGCCUUCACUAUUUUCCACUGCCAAGUGGUUGGGGCACCAUGGCAUCCAUUAUUCUCAGAAUAGGAAGAUAAUGUGCCACGGACACGGCAGAUUGCAAAUCCUGCGUUAACAUAAGGCAAAAUCCAAUUCCCAUUGAAACAGGUGGGAUGCAGUUAAGCUGUACAGUUACAAGCCUCUUAAAGCAAACUGGUGCAAGUGAGAGCAGAAUUUGACCCUUGGAGCAGUGAAUGCUGAGUUAAUGGUGCAUCUUGUUGGGGAAGGGGGAAGAAUCAAAGACAAAGAGAGAAUGAAACCAGCAAAACAUUGUGGUAAAUUUGGAUUGAAAAUGCAAAACCAUAAUGUAAUGGUUGGGGUAUAAUCAGAGCAAAACCUCCCAGUGCCCAUUGAGUUCAGUAAGAGGUGCGUGCCUGCCUCCAGGGGCAGACAUUGGAUGUUCAGCAGUUCACAAGGGUUGGUUUCCUUCUCUUUCAGUCUACGGGAGUGCAUGUCCCCUAAAUUUUAGUUAGGGGGUUAUAUUAACUCAGCAUUCACAGCCGUAGAAACGACUUUUGUCUCGUUUAGAUGUGAAACCAUAGAUUGUCCUGGGAUCUCAAGGCUAGGGCCCUACCAAAUUCAUGGCCCUGAAAAACACGUCACGGACCAUGAAAUCUGAUCUCCCCUGUGAAACCUUAUACUAUACAGAUUUCAUGGGGGAGACCAGUAUUUCUCAAGCUGGGGGUCCUGACCCAAAAGGA